GACUAAAAAUCCACCAUUUUGCUACAAUGAUUUUAUACGUGUGCUCGUUAUAAUCAUGUACAUUUAUAGCCUGUGAAUAUUGAAUAUAACAAACUUUUUAAUAUACAAAUAAAAUAAUUGUAAUAGCAUAUAAAUUAAAUUUUAUUAAUUGUUAUUUAAAUUUUUAAAUAAAUAAUUAAUUAUGGGACGUAAAAAGAAGAAGCAGUCAAGACCCUGGUGCUGGUAUUGUAAUCGUGAAUUCGAUGAUGAAAAGAUUUUGAUUCAACAUCAAAAAGCUAAACAUUUUAAAUGUCAUAUUUGUCAUAAAAAAUUAUACACUGGCCCGGGAUUAAGUAUACACUGUAUGCAGGUGCACAAAGAAGCAAUAGAUAAAGUACCAAACUCGAUGCCAAAUCGUAGUAAUAUAGAAAUAGAAAUAUAUGGAAUGGAAGGAAUACCACCAAAUGAUUUAAAAGAACAUGAAAGGCAAAGAAAUGGCGGUAGACCAGGAUCACCUAGUUCGGGUGAAGAUGAACCAGCUCAAAAAAAAUCUAAACCUGAAGGUUUAUUGGGUUCAGCGCCUGGACAGAUGCCAACUAAUUCAGGAAUGAUGCCUGGUAUGAUGCAAGGCAUGCCCGGACACCACCCGAUGCAUCAGAUGGGCCAGUAUCCUCCACCGAUGCACCAUAUGAUGGGACAUAUGGGUCAUGUUGGUCCGCCAUUCAUGCAAGGAAUGAUGCAAGGUAUGCCAGGAAUGCCUCCAGGUAUGCAACCACCAGUGUCUGGUGCGUCAAUGCCAACAAGGCCGCUUUUCCCAGCUGUUGUAUCAACAGCAACAUCAUCAGUACAUAAUUCAACGCCUAUUGGUACUGAUUUCAAACCCAUAACCUCGAUAGCUGGUGGUUCUAUAGGUCCAAUAAAACCUACAUUUCCGGCUUACAGCAGUGAAUCAACUGUUACGAUAAAUAAUAUUCAUGAUCAGAAGGUUAAUUUAAUUGCUACAACUGGUGCCGCAAGUAAAAUAAUUCAUCCGCCCGAAGAUCUCAGUCUUGAGGAAAUAAGGGCGAGAUUACCUAAAUAUCAACGUCGUCAGAAUGACGAAUCAAAUCGUAAUUCUGUUAAUUCAGAAGCAUCACACCAAGCUGCUGUUCUACAUCAACAGCAACAACAGCAGCAACAACAACAACAUCAGCAACAACAACAGCAACAGCAGCAGCAACAUCAUCAACAACAGCAGCAGCAACAACAGCAACAACAACAGCAAGCGGCGCAACAGCAACAAGUGGCAGCCGUGAACGCAGCGGCGGCAUUCCAAGAUCAGCAGCAACGCCAACAAGCUGCACUGUCUGCAUUACAGCAGCAACAGCAACGUUUUCAGAGGCCACCACAGAUGAUGGUACCUGCAACGGCUGCUAUUCCUGUCUCCUCCGUUGCGCUCAUGGCUCCACUGAUGCGCCCAACAAUGACACUUGCUGCUCCUGCUCUCAUUCACGGAGGUAACAUGAUGCGACCGCCCCCCAUGGGCCUGCCACCAGGUAUGAUUGGGGCAUUGCCCCCAGGUGCGAUGCAUCCAGCAUUCGCAGCACCAAUGGGAUUUCCUGGUGGUCCAAUGCUUACACCGAUGAUGCAUCCACGCUUCAGAUGAUCACCUCAAACUAACGGGCCUAAUCCAUCCUUGCAUUUUGUGCUCUGGGCCUGACCAUAACUUUGGCUUGAACAUUUUAAAUUAAUUGAACUUUAAAUAUAAUAACAAUUAUUAUAUACAAUUAACGACAAAAGCCAUGGGUUUGGAAAUUUUUAAGAGGACAGUGCGACGUUAAAGACAUCAUCAUCAAUCACGCCACUCAAUGAUCCUUCGAGUUAACACGAAGUUAGCAAAAGUCUUUGUUUUUUUUUUUUUUUUUAUUACUAUUAUUAUUAAAUAUUGUUACGCUAUAAACAGCAUUUGGAAAUAUGACGAAUAAUUCCAGGUACUGUUUUCAAUCCACAAGAUAUUCUUGUGUGGAUACGGGUGGCGCUUCACGCUGCCGCUAAAAAAAUACUUUUUAUUUUUUAUUAUUUAUUUAUUUAAAAAAAUUAGAAGUAAAUUAAUUGACUUUGAAUUUAUUUUAAAUAAUUAAAAUAAUAUUGUGAGUACGCAUUUAAUGGAUGGAAGUAAAAAUGUAAAAAUAUAAAUAAAAUUAAUAAUUAAUAUUUAGGAAUUACAAAAUAAAUAAAAUAGUUUAUUAGCCGCAGCGUGAAGGUUUCGGUUACCUCAGGUUAGUCUGCCGUAAAUAUUUUUAUUUUGUUAAGAAUCAUUUUUAAAUCUUUAUUUAUUAAUUAACAACAUUAUUACUAUUAUUAUUACUAUUUUAUAUUAAUACUGUUUGUUGUUUUAAAUGGAUAAAUUAUUUACUUGAUGUUGUUAAUUUAAUGAAUUAAGAAAUAAUGAUUCUUUAUUUUCAUUCAAGCAACUUAACGUGUCGACGACGCAUGAGUGAGUGGUAAGUACGGAGAGUGCUCACAAAAAAAAACUUAUUAAAAAAAAAUAAAAUAAUAAAUUUUAAUAGAAAAAAAGUACGAACACCAGCUUUUUACACUAAAAGCGCGACUCUGAUUUAAAUACUCUUCUUAAAUUUAUCGGUAUUCAAAUAUCUUCCUAUAGAUUUUUUAUUCUUUAAUAAUAAAUUAAUGAGUAUUCACGUUUUUACAUAGCGGAUUUUUUUUUAUAUUAAAUUACUCAUUUUAUUUCCUAACUAAUUGAUUAUUCAAAUUAAAAUGAAAUAAAACGAAUUAUGGAUGAAAAUCAAUGCAUCAUUACCAUACUUUGAACACGUGAACGUACAAAUACUACGUAUUGUUAUGAUAAUUAUUUUAUUUUAUUUAUUGUCUUUCUGAAUAAUUAAUAAUUAGGAUAAAAAAAAAUAAUUGACUUUUAAAUUGAUCUUAAUUUUAUGUAAA